AUGGCCGAUUGGACAACAGUGGACUACCUCCACUCACCAGGCUAUCGUAACAAUCUCACGCCAUCGCAGACAUUGGCGCUCUUGGAACUUUGGCGACGCUUUCUCCGUCUUUGUCAAGUCGCACCGCACUCUUCUGACUCGAUUGGUGCAGCUCCUGCUCCUUCUCCUGCUCCUGCUUCUGCUUCCAAUCAGAAUCUCGAGCAGCAACAUGUUGGUCAUUUGGAAGAGAACAAAGAGAUGCAAGCUUUCCUCCUCGAGCACGGAGGAGCAGCAUUACGUCGCGAGUUCUGGAGCAUUGUCAAGGGAGAACAUCCGGAUGCUUACAUGUUGAGAUGUCUUCGAGCACGUAGAUGGCAUGUGGAUCGUGCAUUGGCCGUCAUUGGCUCAACGUGUGCAUUCCGCGUUCAAUACGACGUUUCAGGCAUCAUGAAGCAGGCCGAGUUGGGUCUGACAAAGACCAGAGGUGGAUUCAACAUGAUGAACAAUGCCAUCUCCUACGUUCAAGGUGCAACAGCAGCAGGAGAGCCGGUCUACUUUAUCGACGUAGCAUCCCAUUACUCGUCCAACCAGACAGCACAAGAACUCAAACGUGCUGUCAUCUUGCUCCAGGAGUCUCUGCAGAUCCUUAUGCCUCCGCCUGUCGAGCGCAAAGUGGUCAUCUUCAACCUCAACAACUUUGGCAUUCGCAACAUGGACUGGAGCAUUGUUCUAUUCAUGGCAAAGACGCUCGAGUCCUUCUACCCAGAAACCUUGGCCAGAAUCUAUGUCCAUGGCGCACCUUGGAUCUUCAAACCCAUCUGGAGCAUCCUCCGUCCCCUCCUGCAUCCCCUUGUUCGAGACAAAGUGCACUUGACAUGGAACGUUGAAGAGCUCCAAGAUCACGUUCCAGUGCAACACCUCCCCAAAGCUUCCAUGCAUGGCAAACUCGACUGGAGCUUCUCAUAUCCAAUACCGCACGAGGAGGAAAACGAUAUCCAAAACGACAUCCAAACAGCUCAACAAGUAACAACGCUCUACCACAACGCAUGCAUCCAGUUCGAACACUCCACCUAUGCCCUUGCCCAUGCUUACCGAGAUGCUGCGCUGUCCGACGCAAAGGCAACCACCACCACCACCACCACCACAACAACAACAACAACCACAACAACAACAACAACAACAACAGCAGCAGCAGCAGCAGCAGCAGCAGAUGAAGCAUUGGUGGAUGAUGACGAUUGGGAACCAGAAGGAGUUGCCCGUUUGCGUGCGAACCGUGAUAUCUUGGCGACAAAGGUGCGAGUUGCAUGGCUCAAACUGAAACCCUAUGUCAUCGGUACACUCAAGUACGACCGUUGGGGAGUUAUCGAUAAAGAAGGCAUCAUCCGUUGGAAGUACGAUACGCUGGAUGGAACACACGAAGAGCAGGUACUGGGCGAGGCAACUUCACUUUCUCAACUCGAACGAAAUCUUGCCGAACUGGACGCUUUCCAUUCCCACAACACCAGCAACAGUACUAGCAACAAGAACGCUUAA